AUGCGGGCGUCUAACACGAGCAAGCAUGCGCCUGCAGCAAUUCCUAACCGGGCCGCCGAGGUAUCAGAGCUCAUCGAUGCUGUCAAGGCACUCAUAGUGCCGUUCAUCGCCGAUGCCGACAACGCCUUCCCGGAGCGAGAACAGGGUGGACCGGUUGGGACAUCUUCGGCAGACCUGCCAGUCCGCACCGCCCUGGUCGAGCCGUUGAAGCCACAGAGCGUGGUAUCCCGGCUUGGACUGGACCUCCCAGAGGGCAACGGAGGUGGCCGGGCAGCCCUGCUCGAGACUGUGAAGCGUGUGCUCGACCUGAGCGUCAACACGUGGGACCAGGGUUUCCUGGAUAAGCUAUACGCCAGCACGACCCCUGUCGGUGUGGUUGCAGAGCUGGUGCUGUCCGUGCUUAACACCAACGUGCACGUUUUCCAGGUGUCGCCGGCCCUGACGGUGAUCGAGAAGACCACAGCUCGGGCGCUGGCGAGACGAUUCGGCUUCAUGGGGCCUCGUGCUGGCGGCAUCACCUGUGCUGGUGGCAGCGCGUCCAACUUCACGUCACUGAUCGUGGCCCGCAACACGCUCUUUCCCGAGACCAAAGAAGACGGCAACGGAGCCGGACGGCGGUUUGCCCUGUUCACGAGCCAACACGGCCACUACUCCGUCGAGAAGGCUGCACAGGCAGCCGGACUGGGAUCCAGAGCCGUCUGGACUGUCGCUGUCGAUGCUGGUGGCUGCAUCGUCGCGUCGGAACUGGAAGCCCGCAUCGUGGCCGCCAAGACGGCCGGUUUCACGCCUCUGUACAUCAAUGCAACCGCCGGCACCACCGUCAUGGGGUCGUACGACCCGUUCGAGGCCAUCGCGGCCAUUGCUAAGACACACGGCCUGUGGUUGCACAUCGACGGCAGCUGGGGUGGACCGGCCAUCUUCUCGGCACAACAGCGGCACAAGCUGCUGGGCUCGCAUCUGGCCGACUCGUUGACCGUCAACCCGCACAAGAUGAUGAACGUGCCGACGACCUGCUCCUUUCUGCUGGGGCCCGACCUGAGCCUGUUCCACCGGGCCAAUACGCUGCCGGCAGGAUAUCUGUUUCAUGAGGGUGAGGAUAACAAGAACGAGGCCGAAACCGAAACCAAAACCGAUGAGGUCUGGGAUCUAGCCGAUCUCACGCUGCAGUGCGGACGGCAUGCCGACAGCUUUAAACUCGCCCUGGCGUGGGUGUAUGAGGGAGCUGCCGGCUUUGAGAGGCAAGUCGACCACUCCUUCGCCAUGGCGGCUCUUCUGGCGCAGCAGAUUGCUCAGCGACCCCAUCUGUUUGUCCUGGUGUCAGCCAACCCGCCACCGUGUCUGCAGGUGUGCUUCUACUAUGGCCAAGACGGCCGCCCGGACGCCGACAGCCGCGUUAACAGCCGGCGCACAAGCACGGCCGCCCGCCUGUUGGUGCGUCGCGGCUACAUGGUGGACUUUGCGCCAGGGCCCUGCGGCAGCUUCUUCCGCGUCGUCCUCAACUGGCAGACGCGGCCAGGGACCAUCCAGGGCCUGAUCACGGCGCUCGAGGCGGUGCGGCAGGAGAUCAGCUGA